AUGGCAAAGGAUCGAAGUUCUAUAUUCAGUUUUCAAUAUUUAUGCUACGUAGUUAUCAUUCUUUCCAUCAGCUCUUUCAUCUUAUUUCUCUCUUGGAGUCGUUGUUGCGGCCAAUGCUAUUCGCCACACCAAAUAAUAGUACACAAGCAAAACCACCCAAUCAACCUUCUCUCUUACCCUUUUGCAUGGAACCACCUUAUCUUUUCCUCAGAGCCACCUGCAAAGUUACUUAAGAUUGCACUUUUUGUCAAGAAAUGGCCACAGAAAUCUCAUGCAGGGGGGCUUGAACGCCAUGCUCUCACACUUCACCUUGCCCUUGCCCGAAGAGGCCACGAUCUUCACAUAUUCACCACUUCUACAAAUUCUUCUCUUUCCAAUUCCUCAAUUGACAACUUGCAUUUUCACUUCUCCAAACCAACACCAGCUGGUUACCUUGACCAAGCAUUGGUUUGGGAGCAGUUUCAAGCACAAAACUCAACCGGUAAACCGUUUGACAUUGUUCACACUGAAAGUGUUGGGCUUAGGUACACAAGAUCACGGCAUGUCACUAAUUUGGCUGUCACUUGGCAUGGGAUAGCAUACGAGACCAUUCAUUCUGACAUCAUUCAAGAACUCCUAAGAAGCCCCCAGGAACCAAAGACAAAUGCAUUGAAUGAGAGAGCCAUGAAGGUUGUUGAAGAGGUCAAGUUCUUCCCAAACUAUGCACAUCAUGUUGCAACUAGUGAUCAUGCAGGAGAUAUCAUAAAGAGGGUCUACAUGAUUCCAGAAGAAAGGGUUCAUAUUAUUCUCAAUGGUGUGAACCAACAAGUUUUCAAGCCAGAUAUUUCAAGGGGUAAGGAAUACAGGAAAAGGCAUGGCAUUCCAGAGUCCAAGUCAUUAGUGAUAGGAAUAGCAGGGAGGUUGGUCAAGGAUAAGGGACACCCUUUAAUGUUUGAAGCUUUGAAGCAGUUGAUUGCAGAAAACAACACUUUCCAAGAGAGUAGCAUGGUUCUGGUCGCUGGGGAUGGUCCCUGGGGUGCAAGAUACAGAGAUCUUGGGGCAAAUAUAUUGGUUUUGGGGCCAUUGGAACAAGCUGAACUUGCUUCUUUUUAUAAUGCUAUUGACAUUUUUGUAAACCCCACCGUAAGAGCACAAGGUUUGGAUCACACUCUGUUAGAAGCCAUGUUGACUGGGAAGCCAGUAAUGGCUACUAGGCUUGCAAGCAUUGCUGGGUCUGUAAUUGUUGGCACUGAAAUGGGCUAUACAUUUUCACCAACGGUGAUUGCUCUAAAGAAUACUAUGUAUGAGUUAUGGGUUGGUGGCAGGGAAGUUCUAGACAAAAAAGGUGAGGUUGCAAGGGAAAGAGGUUUGCAAUUGUUCACUGCCACUAAGAUGGUGGCUGCUUAUGAGAGACUUUUUCUUUGCAUUUCAAGUGCCAAAAAUGAGCACCAUUUCUGUGAAUACCAACCAUCAGAUAAUUAA